AUGGCGGCGCCCCGCUCCAAGCCGCUGACUUCUUUCCUCAUCCAGGACAUCCUGCGCCUGGGGGGCCAUCCAGCCGGGCCUGGGUCUCCCCCCGAGGAAGCCGGGAGAAGCAAUGCCCCCCGGGAAGCCAGCCCCCAAGCUCGGGAGGCGCCGGAGAGCCACCCUCCAGACCCUCCUGCGGAAACCCCAGGGAACCCACCCAAGUCCUUCCUGCGGCCUCCAAAGCAGCAGAAGCGCUCCCGGGCGGCCUUUUCCCACUCGCAGGUCAUCGAACUGGAGCGGAAGUUCAGCCAGCAGAAGUACCUGUCGGCCCCAGAGCGGGCUCACUUGGCCCGCCACCUCAAGCUCACCGAAACCCAGGUGAAAAUCUGGUUCCAGAACCGAAGGUAUAAGACCAAGCGGAAGCAGCUGGCCUCGGAUCUCGGCGGCUUUGAGAAGAACUCUUCCAUCCCGACAUACAAGGAGAGCGCCUUCUCCAGAGCUGCCUUGGCCCUCUCGGUGUGCCACAGCCACCAAUACCACCCUUAUUUAUACUGCCUCAAUGGCUGGACUCCUGUCUUUUGGUAA